AAUCUAAAGUUUUAAUUAUUUAACAAUCAGGGUUAAAGGUUUACAUAUGACUGAAACAAAUACAGCUCCUACACGGUCUACGUUAUCUCUAAAGGGAUCAUCUAAGAUUGUUAGUGAAUUCUUUGAAUACAGUAUUAAUAGUAUAUUGUAUCAGAGAGGAGUAUAUCCUGCAGAUGAUUUUAAAAUGGUUAAAAAAUAUGGACUUAAUAUGCUGGUAACUACAGAUACUGAAGUCAAGGCGUAUAUACGAAAGAUAAUAAAACAGCUUCAUAAAUGGAUAGAAGAUGGGAAAAUAUCAAAACUAGUGAUAGCCAUUGUUUCAAAAGAUACAUUGGAAGUUUUAGAACGAUGGCAAUUUGAUGUUGAAAUAUUCAAAGACGAUAAUGUGGAAAACAAGAAAUUAACUAAGAACGACAGUGAUGUAGAAAAAUCGGAAAAAGAGAUUCAUACAGAAAUUCAAGCAAUUAUUCGACAAAUCACAGCAUCUGUAACAUUUCUCCCACAGUUUGAGGGGAGAUGUACAUUUAAUGUUUUAGUAUAUACAGAUUGUAACUCAGAGGUUCCUGAUGAAUGGGGUGACAGUGAUGCACGUGAAAUUAGUAAUGCAGAACAAGUAAAACUACGAAGUUUUAGCACUGAUAUCCAUAAAGUAGAUUUGCAAGUAGCAUAUAAAUUAGCAGAUGAUUAACUUGUAUAUACGUUUAUUUAAUUUUCUAGAGUGGAAUUUAAUAUA